GAGAAACAACGUGCUUCAAAAGUGUUUUGUAAACUUAAACCAGGUUUUUAAGCGGUGCAAUUCUGGCGAUAUUCGCAAAGCGCCACUGAUUAAAGCACGGCAAGAUGGCAUCGAUGCGCAUCAAGAAACCCACUACCCGGAAAGGCAAGAAAGCCCUGGAGGACCGCGAGCCGAAAACGAUAGAAAAUGUGAAGAAAACACUCAUAAUGGAGGGUCGCAAGUGCUCCAACGACAUUCGGCAAGCGUUGAAAGAUCUGAAUAUGCUGAAGAAACCACACUCGCGAAUGAUGAGACGAAACAAUGAUGUCUCCCCGUUCGAAGACGCAACGCUAUUGGAGCAUUUGUCCAAAACCAACGACUGUCAUUUGUUUUUGUUUGGCUCGUCAUCGAAAAAGCGACCAAACAAUUUGAUUAUGGGACGCAUUUACGAGGAACAAAUUCUCGACAUGGUCGAGCUUGGGAUCGACAACUAUAAAGCUCUCGCCGAGUUUAAAACAGAAAAGAUAUCCCAGUACACGAAGCCGGUCGUUGUGUUCAAUGGUUACAAAUGGAAGUUCACGGAGGAGCUGAGACGCAUCAAAAGUUUGCUGCUGGACAUGUUCCGUUUCGAUCAAGUUCCAACGAUCCGCCUGCAGGGUAUCGAGCAUGUGCUGAGCUUCACUCUGACGGACGACCUUACCAUUCUAGUGCGGUCGUAUCGCAUCCUGCUCAAAAAGAGUGGCCAACGUACGCCACGAAUUGAACUGCUGGAAAUGGGACCAUCGCUGGAUCUGUCGAUACGCCGCACAAAGAUCGCGUCGGACGAUCUGUACAAAACGGCCAUGAAACAGCCGGCCAUUCUUAAGGCUGCCAAACGGAAGAAUGUUUCGCGCGAUGAACUGGGUAACGUGCACGGUAGGGUGCAUGUGGGCAAGCAGGACAUAAACGCCCUGCAAACGCGCAAGAUGAAGGGCCUGCGUAAAACGGCAGAAGAGAAGCGAGCGGAAAAGGCGAGCAAGCGGAAGCGGAGCUCUGAUGAUGACGGUGCCUCGGCCAAUGAUGACGGUGGCGCAGAUAGUGACAAUAACGAGGGGAUGGACGUUGAGAUUGGAGCAGAUGAAUAA